AUGAAAGCAGCCUACUACGACACUGUCCUCAUUCCGUUAGUCAAGAAAAUCGGGUGCCACGUUUUUUCGGUGGACUAUCGGUUGGCGCCAGAAUUUCCGUUCCCGGUCCCGGCGGACGAUUGUUUAAGGGCGACGAAGGCGUUAUUAAAAGAUAGAGCAAAGGAGUACGGGGUCGAUCCGGAAAAAAUAAUUCUGAUUGGUGAUAGCGCCGGGGGAAAUUUGGCAGCCGUGACGACCUACCGGCUUUUGAAGGAAGGAUUUGAGCCCAAAAUUAAGGCCCAAGUGCUCAUCUACCCAGUCAUCCACAUGUUCGGCUUCAAAUCGCCGUCUUUUACCGGCUACUACACCCAAUAUAAUGGGACUUCCCUGCUGAACCCUCCGACAAUGGCUCGAUGGGAUUUGUUCUAUCUUGGGGAGGAUGGGUCGCGGGAUAAAGUGCGAGUGCUGCUGGAUAAUGGGCAUAUUGACGAAAAACUAACCUCCCAUCCUGAAUUCUCGAAAUGGUUCCCGAACUGGCGGGCCGAGAAGAACGAGGAGAAUUUGGUCCGUAAGCAGCCGGAUGAACGACUCGCCACCCUCUUCCGUGAGAAGGCGACAAACCCUGAGAUCUGCCCGAUCUUCGCCGAAAAUCUGGCCGACUUCCCGCCGACGAUGGUGCAGACGGCUGGCUAUGAUAUUUUGAGAGACGAAGGCAUCCAAUUCGCAAAUCGGUUGAAGGAAGAGAAGGUGAAAGUCAACUGGAAGAAUUAUCCGACUGGGUAUCACGGAGUUUUCAACAUGCCCGCCUCACAACUACGCCGCGAGAUGGGCACGGAUAUUGCCGAAUUUUUGAGCGAAUUUUUG